ACCUUCCAGCGGCGAUCCAGCCCACUUCACCGUUUCUCUCAACCAAUUACACAAAUAUUAGUAUUAAUAAUAAUUAUUUUAUUUCUCCAAGAAUUUAGUGGAGCCCUGACAUUACAAUAUGGCGGAAACUCGGAAUUUUUAUUAGGGAGAGGUCACCACUGUUACACAUGGCGUGAUUCAGCUUAAAAGAUUGUCAAUUUUUGAAAAUUCAUUGUUUUGGUGAGAGGUGGGCAGAUACAAGUGGAUAACAAGUUUUUUUGUUGGAUGAUAAAAGAGAGAGACGACGCAUUUUCCUUUAUUUUCUCUCGGGAAAAUUCAAAGUUUUCGAAUUUUAUUCCUUUCUGGGUUUUCGCCAAAGGAGCAUCCUUUAUGUUCUCUUGAAAGAAGCCUCUCUCUGUAUUUGUCUCCCCUGUUUCGGGGAGUUUUUCAUUUUUUUUCAGGAUAAAGGAGAUUCUUUUAUCUCGAUUUUGCUUAUUAAAUCUCCGAUCGUGGGAAGAAGAAGAAGAUGAUAAAGUUGUGGAUGCUGACUUCUCUUCAACUCGCGGAGCUCUUCGUGAGCUCUCUUGUGCAUUUGCUUUAUGGGUUUUAUAUAUUUAGCUCCGCUGUUGCCGGAGAUAUCUCUCAGACGUUGAAUGACUACUUGUUUAAGUCCAAUGUCGAUUUCAACGACCUCGGAGAAACUGGUCAAAAUCAAAGCAUUGUUGAGGGUUUGCCUCCAAUUGUGUUGGUUCAUGGGAUCUUUGGAUUUGGCAAAGGGAGAUUAGGAGGCUUAUCUUACUUUGGUGGUGCUGAGAAGAAAGAUGAGAGGGUCCUUGUUCCUGAUUUGGGAUCCUUAACAAGCAUCUAUGAUAGGGCAAGGGAAUUGUUCUAUUACUUGAAAGGAGGGGUAGUUGAUUUUGGCGAAGAGCAUAGCGAGGCUUGUGGACAUUCUCGGUUUGGAAGAAGAUACGAACAAGGGCAAUACCCUGAAUGGGAUGAGGAUCAUCCUAUUCAUUUUGUGGGACAUUCAGCGGGUGCUCAAGUUGUGCGCGUGUUGCAGCAAAUGCUUGCAGAUACGGCAUUUGAAGGGUUUGAAGAAACGAGUGAGGAUUGGGUUCUGAGUGUGACAUCGUUAUCCGGGGCAUUCAAUGGAACUACCAGGACUUACUUAGAUGGCAUGCGGACAGAUGAUGGAGUGAGCAUGAAACCGAUAUGUCUUUUGCAGCUGUGUCGUAUAGGCGUGAUAAUGUAUGAUUGGUUGGACAUUUCAUGGCUAAAGACUUAUUACAAUUUCGGGUUCGAUCACUUCAACAUUUCUUGGAAGAAAUCCGGUGUGAGAGGUCUCGUUGAUUGCCUCAUGGGAAACGCAGGUCCUUUUGCUUCUGGCGAUUGGAUCUUACCUGAUCUCACGAUCCAAGGCUCAACAAGUAUUAACUCCAAUCUCCAGACGUUCCCAAACACUUACUACUUCAGCUACGCGACUAAACGCACCCGCAGAGUCAUGGGCAUGACAAUCCCUUCAGGUGUUCUUGGAAUCCACCCAAUGCUCUUCCUCCGCGUCUUUCAGAUGAGCCAAUGGAAAUUCCCACAAGAUGUAUCUCCUCCUUAUAAAGGCUACAGGGAUGAGGACUGGCAAGAGAACGACGGGGCAUUGAACACAAUAUCAAUGACACAUCCGAGGCUACCUGUUGAGCAUCCGAGCCGGUUCAUAAGGAGCGAUUCGGAAUGUCAAACAUUACAACCCGGGAUCUGGUAUCAUAAGAUAGUGGAAGCAGAUCACAUAAUGUUCAUAGUGAACAGAGAGAGAGCUGGAAUUCAGUUUGAUCUGAUAUACGACAGUAUCUUCCAACGCUGCAGGAAACAUGUUUUUAGAAAGAUUCCUCAGUCUCUCCCCAAUCAAUCUCCUUCUCCUCGUUCAUCACCCAGAAAAAACAACUUUGUACAUUGAUCUUAAAAAAAAUAUAUGUUUUAGGGUUGAUAUGUUGAGGGCUUAAGUUGUUUUUAGGCUAUUUAUUACUAAUACAGAUUAUUCAUUGUUCUUCUUAUUCUCCUUGCUAUUUGUUGUACUAUAAAACAUACCUUUCAUUUUGAAAGUUAUAAUAUUUGUUAGUUCGUCA